AUGCCUAAUCUGGACAAUGAUGAGGAUAAGUUAAACAAUAUGAUACUAGCAUACGUGAACCAAAUUCAAGCUUUCUUGCAUCAUUCAAGUUUCGGUGCUUCUGUUGAUAUAUCGUUAAUACGAUGGGAAAUUAUGAAAGAACAAUUGUCAAUUUUGUCAGAUGUUGUCGACAAGAAAGAUGAAGGAUUGCUCUCUUCGUUCUGCGAAUACGCGACAAAUCAAAAUCCUCCAAAAGACAAUGAUCCCGAUCACUGGGACAUUGGCCUUUACCUAACCGGAAUAGAUCUUUAUAAGAUAAAAAACGCACAAAAAUCAUAUGGCACCAUAGGAAGGGCUUAUAUCAAUCACUCGUGUACCCACUAUUUGUCGUGCGUCGUAGUAGAAAUCGGUACUACAAAUAAGAUCACACUCUCGGGUUUUGCGACGUCUCUUACUGCUGCUCAUGAAAUCGGCCAUCUAACUCUGGAAACAAAACCGUGUCUUCGCGAUCACACGAGACGAGAAAUUUUCAAAGAUGGAUUGGACCAUUCACGUUAUCACGAUUUACCCGGAAGGGACUGGACUGCCAAAGCACAAUGUCAAUUAUUUUUGCGAGACAAAGAUGCAAACGUAGUCACGUUGCAUGAUAUAUGUCAAGUCUUACAAUGCGAAACGCCUCACGAGAAUGGAUAUUUCUUCGCAGGAGCAGCGCUGGAUGGAACUCAUUGUGCACUCGAGAAAGAAUGUCGCGGCGGAGAAUGCGUGCCCGUAAUCGAACCAUCUCUCCCAUAUUGUGAAGGAGAUAACUGGAGUAAAUGGAAGGAAGACUCCUGUAAAAGCGAUUGCUUGACGAAAUCGAAAGGCGUGAUAAUCAAACGACGUUUUUGCAAACAUGGUACUAAAACAGCUAGUUGUAAUGGGCCAUAUUACGACGUGGUUCUGUGUGAUGACUUCAGACUUUGCUCUGAAGAACGCAAAACGAUUGCCGAAUAUACUGCUUCAAAAUGCACUGAAUUCAACUUAAAAUUAAAAACAAAGUACAAAGUACAUUUCAAUUACAUACCGAAAAUUGGGUCAGGUCUGCAAAACUUUCAUGACGCUGAGGAACCGUGGAUAGCCUGCACCAUAUACUGUCAACGAGAAGAAAAAACAUCUGCUGAACAUAGUAUAUCUCAUUUCUACACACCACGUUUGGAAUUGUUUGAAUCAGGUAUCGACCCGUACUUUCCAGAUGGAACGUGGUGUCACGAGGAGAAUGGGCAGAAUUAUUAUUGUCGUCAGCAUUACUGUCUGCCGGAAAACUACUUAAUCAAAGAAUAAUUACCAAAAGCUUCUCGACAUGUGCGGGCAAAAAUCUAAGAGGAAAUAAAAUUGCAAAACAAGCAUAAUUCAAUUUAGAUCUGUUUAGUAUUUGUUCAGUAUAAAAUCUAAAAU